GAUCUGUACAAGGAGGCCAUGAUGGAGGAGCACCAGCCUCUUAUAUCACAAGAGAAUCCCGAUAAACAGUUUGAGGGAAACGGCAUGUUAUUGCUAAAUUAUAAAGUAGAAGAUGAAGAUAUCAUGCUGCGCUCUACAGGAGAAAACCUCAUCACCCUUAAUGUACAUCCAGGACUUCACAGUACAGAUAUGUUGUAUAAUCCUCCUAAUCAGGAGGAACCUUCUCCUGACCAAUCACAGAUUGUUACAACAAGUACAGGUCUCAAAGGGCGUAAAAUGUUUCAAAGUGGUAAAGAAUUCAGAAAAAGAUCAUAUCUUUCUACAAACAAAAGAAUUCACACAGGAGAGAAGCCAUACUUCUGUUCAGAAUGUGGGAAGCGCUUUACAUAUAAAUCGCAUCUUAUUAUACAUGAGAGAAUUCACACAGGGAAGAAACCAUAUUCAUGUUCAGAAUGCGGGAGAUGUUUUACACAUAAAGCAGAUCUUGUGAAACAUGAGAGAAUUCACACAGGAGAGAAACCAUAUUCAUGUUCAGAAUGUGGGAAAUAUUUUUCAAAUAAAUCAAGUCUUGCUGAACAUGCAAGAAUUCACACUGGAGAGAAGCCUUUUUCAUGUUCAGAAUGUGAGAAAUGUUUUAUAAGUAAAUCAAAUCUUUUUACACAUCAGAGAAGUCACACAGGACAGAAACCAUAUUCAUGUUCGGAAUGUGGUAAAUGUUUUACAGUUAAAGCACAUCUUGUUAGACAUGAGAGAAUUCACACAGGAGAAAAGCCAUAUUCAUGUUCAGAAUGUGGGAAAUGUUUUACACAGAUAUCAAAUCUUGUUACACAUGAGAGAAGCCACACAGGAGAGAUGUAUUCAUGUACAGAAUGUGGGAGAUGUUUUACAAAUAAAUCAAGUCUUGUUAGACAUGAGCGAAUUCACACAGGGGAGAAGUUAUGUUCAUGUUCAGAAUGUGGGAAAUGUUUUACACAGAAAUCAGAUCUUGUUACACAUGAGAGAAUUCACACAGGGGAGAUGUAUUCAUGUUCAGAAUGUGGAAAAUGUUUCGCAAGUAAAUCAAGCCUUCUUAGACAUGAGAGAAUUCACACAAGAGAGAAGUUGUUUUCAUGUUCAGAAUGUGGGAAAUGUUUUACCCAGAAAUCAAAUCUUGUUACACAUGAAAGAAGUCACAUCGGAGAGAAGCCAUAUUCAUGUUCAGAAUGUGGGAAAUGUUUUACACGAAAAUCAAAUCUUUUUAGACAUGAGCGAAUUCAUACAGGAGAGGUGUAAUACUGAAAUGUUAUAAGAGCAGAAAAAAAUUUAACCCAGUUAUUCAUAGAAUUAACCCUUUUAGCCCGAUUUUUUUUUUUUGCAUUUUUGUUUUCUACUCCCUGCCUUUCUGGGGCGAUAACUUUUUUUUUUUUUUCCCGCUUACAUAGACGUAUGAGGUCACUUUCUAAUUCCAAAAUGGAUGAAAUUGGAAAAAAGAACACCAUUUUGCAAUAAUUUUCUGGGUUUUGUUUUUACAGCAUUCUGUUUAUGGAAAAAAUUACCUAUUA